UAAAAAAAAAAUAGAAAGGAAGGGAAAAUCGUAAUAUUUUGUCCUUUUUUUAUUUUAUAGAAACAAUUGGUGUGAAAGUAGCAGCAUAUUAGCGGUGCGUGAUUGAUUCUGUAGCGACAACCGAGGAAGCCUCUACCCAAGUUCAUUCCGUUGACCUUUUUUUCUAAUGAUGGCGGAAUCGGGCGAGGAAGAGAUAGUUGGUAAACCUGUCCAAGAGCUGCUGUUGAAUCCCGAAAAUCUACCAAAAAAUUACAUCUACGAGGAAGGUGGUGCUGGAUUUCGUGAUGCUCUUGUGCCAUCACAGGAUGAUGAUAUUCCGGUGAUCGACCUUCAUCGCCUUUCAUCUUCAUCCAUCUCACAACAAGAGCUUGCUAAACUCCACCAUGCACUCCAUUCAUGGGGCUGCUUCCAGGCAAUAAACCAUGGAAUGAAAAGCUCAUUUCUGGACAAGGUGAGAGAAGUUUCAAAGCAAUUCUUUCAACUUCCAAAAGAAGAAAAGCAAAAAUGUGCAAGGGAAAGGGAACCAAACAAUAUUGAAGGGUAUGGCAAUGAUGUAAUAUAUUCAAAAAACCAAAGGCUUGACUGGACUGACAGAGUUUACCUAAAGGUGUUGCCUGAAGAUGAGAGGAAGUUCAAUUUUUGGCCCCAAACCCCUAAUGAUUUCAGGAGUACUGUCCUACAGUAUACCGAAAGCCUAAGGCUGCUAAGUGAAGUAAUCCUUAAAGCCAUGGCAAAGUCACUGAACUUGGAAGAGGAUUGCUUCCUAAACGAAUGUGGAGAGAGAUCUAAUAUGAUUGUGAGGGUCAACUACUACCCUCCAUGUCCAAUGCCUGAUCAUGUUCUUGGCGUGAAGCCACAUGCAGAUGGAUCCACCAUAACUUUUCUGUUGCAAGACAAAGAAGUAGAAGGCCUCCAAGUCCUCAAAGAUGAUCAGUGGUUUAAAGUUCCAAUAAUCCCUGAUGCUCUCCUGAUUAAUGUCGGUGACCAAAUAGAGAUAAUGAGCAAUGGAAUCUUCCGGAGCCCAGUACAUAGGGUAGUGAUAAAUAAAGCGAAGGAAAGGCUCACAGUAGCAAUGUUCUGCGUCCCGGAUUCAGAAAAAGAGAUUAAACCAGUGGAUAAGCUAGUCAACGAGUCAAGGCCAGUGUUAUACAGACCGGUGAAAAAUUAUGUUGAAAUCUAUUUCCAGUAUUACCAGCAAGGAAAAAGACCAAUCGAAGCUUCAAAAAUUAAAUCAAGUGAGGUAGAGAUAGUGGGUAAACCUGUCCAAGAUUUGGUUUUGAAUUCUGAAAAUCUGCCAAAAACUUAUAUCUACGAGGAAGGUGGUGCCGGAUUUCGAGAUGCUCUUGUGCCAUCACAGGAUGAGAAUAUUCCAGUGAUCGACCUUCAUCGCCUCUCAUCUCCAUCUACUGCACUACAAGAGCUUGCUAAACUCCAUCAUGCUCUCCAUUCAUGGGGCUGCUUUCAGGCAAUAAACCAUGGGCUGAAAAGCUCAUUUUUGGACAAGGUGAGAGAAGUUUCAAAGCAAUUCUUUCAUCUUCCAAAGGAAGAAAAGCAAAAAUGGGCAAGGGAACCAAACAAUAUUGAAGGAUAUGGCAAUGAUAUAAUAUAUUCAGAAAAUCAAAGGCUUGACUGGACUGACAGAGUUUACCUAAAGGUGCUUCCUGAAGAUGAGAGGAAGUUCAAAUUUUGGCCCCAAAACCCCUAUGAUUUCAGGAGUAUUGUCCUACAGUAUACCGAAAGCAUGCGACUGCUAAGUGAAGUAAUUAUUAAGGCCAUGGCAAAGUCACUGAACUUGGAAGAGGAUUGCUUCCUAAAUGAAUGUGGAGAAAGAGCUGAUAUGUUUCUGAGAUUCAACUACUACCCUCCAUGUCCAAUGCCUGAUCAUGUUCUCGGUUUGAAGCCACAUGCAGAUGGAUCCACCAUAACUUUUCUGUUGCAAGACAAAGAAGUAGAAGGCCUCCAAGUCCUCAAAGAUGAUCAGUGGUUUAAAGUUCCAAUCAUCCCUGAUGCUCUCGUCAUUAAUGUUGGUGAUCAAAUAGAGAUAAUGAGCAAUGGAAUUUUUCGGAGCCCAAUACACAGGGCAGUGAUAAAUUCAGAAAAGGAAAGGCUCACAGUGGCAAUGUUCUGCCUCACGGAUUCAGAGAAAGAGAUUAAACCGGUGGAGAAGCUAGUGAACGAGUCAAGGCCAACGUUAUACAGACCGCUCAAUCCCUAUUCCAUGGACGUCCAAGACAAGGAAGCUCCACUCCAACAACACUCUGAUUCGCAAUGCCACACCGACCUGCCAAAUCUCCCCUACGCCGCCGCCGGACACCUUGAAGAGGCCGUGGCGGUGUCCGACGAGGGCGCCGAAACGCUAGUGACUGACGUAGCGGGUGACGAGAUGAUUGAGGAGAAGGGGAGUGAAGGAAUUGAUGUGGAUGACGUGGCUUUGGAGACGGUGAAGGUGGAAGAGGAACCGAAUUUGGCAAUUGAUGCGGAAGACGACGAAAUUGGGGACGGAAACACAAACGAAGACGCUUUGAUGGAAGAAGAGCAACAUCAACAAGGAGAGGAGGAGGAGGAGGAAGAGCAGCAACAAGGAGAGGGGGAGGAAGAAGAAGAACAACAAGUAGACGAGGAGGAAGAAGGAGAACAGCAACAAGUAGAUGAGGAGGAAGAAGGAGGACAGCAACAAGGAGACGAGGAGGAAGAAGGAGGACAGCAACAAGGAGACGAGGAAGAAGAAGAAGAGCGACAAGGAGAAGAAGAAGAUGGUGAUGGUGGAAUGGCAAUGGCAGAAGACACAGAGGAGAAGAGUGCUGCUGUGAGUGGUGGGAAGAGGAGGCGUGGGGCUGGGAAGAAUGCUAAGGCUACAGGGAGAGUUGCAUCCAGGAAAAAGAUGGAGGAGGACGUUUGUUUCAUUUGCUUCGAUGGGGGUGACCUUGUGCUUUGUGACCGCAGGGGAUGCCCCAAGGCUUACCAUCCUUCCUGCGUUAAUCGUGACGAGGCCUUCUUUCGAGCUAAGGGGAAGUGGAAUUGUGGUUGGCAUCUUUGCAGCAACUGUGAGAGGAAUGCAUCCUAUAUGUGCUAUACAUGUACAUUUUCUUUGUGCAAGGGAUGCAUCAAAGAUGCUGUUAUCUUACGUGUUAGGGGAAACAAGGGCUUUUGUGAGACUUGCAUGAGAACCAUAAUGUUAAUUGAACAGAAUGAACAGGGAAACAAUGUGGGACAAAUAGAUUUUGAUGACAGAAACAGCUGGGAGUAUCUCUUCAAGGACUACUACAUAGAUAUAAAAAAAAAACUAUCUCUCACAUUUGAUGAACUCACUCAAGCUAAAAACCCUUGGAAGGGAUCUGAUAUGCUUCUUUCUAAAGAGGAAUCACUGGAUGAAACUUUUGAUGCCACUAACGAUAGAGGAUCAGAUUCAGAUAGCUCCUAUGAGAAAGCAGAUUUGAGUCGUUCUAAAAGAAAAAAGGCCAAGAAACGGGGGAAGUCCCGUUCCAAAGAAGGAGAUGACAGCUCAGAGUGGGCUUCAAAAGAGCUUUUGGAGUUUGUUAUGCACAUGAGAAAUGGAGACAAAUCUGUUUUAUCUCAGUUCGAUGUGCAUACUCUUUUGCUAGAGUAUAUCAAAAGAAAUAAGCUUCGAGAUCCUCGCCGAAAAAGUCAGAUUAUUUGUGAUGCAAGACUUCAAAAUCUGUUUGGAAAACCAAAAGUGGGACAUUUUGAAACGUUAAAGCUUCUUGAAUCCCAUUUCCUUCUAAAAGAUGAUUCUCAGGCUGAAGAUCUGCAGGGAAGUGUUGUUGACACUGAAAUGAGUCAUUGGGAAGGUGAUGGCAAUCCCAAUUCAUAUACGAAAGCUGGCAAAGAUAAGAGACGAAAGAACCGUAAAAAGGGUGAUGAGAGAGGACUUCAAACUAAUGUUGAUGAUUAUGCAGCCAUUGAUAACCAUAAUAUUAAUUUAAUUUAUCUAAGACGUAACUUGGUGGAAGAUCUACUUGAAGAUACUGAGAAGUUCCAUGAUAAAGUUGUUGGUUCUUUUGUGAGAAUAAGAAUUUCUGGUAGUGGUCAGAAACAGGAUUUGUAUAGGUUGGUUCAGGUUGUAGGUACAUGCAAAGCAGCAGAGCCAUAUAAAGUUGGUAAAAGGAUGACAGAUAUCUUGCUAGAAAUCUUAAAUUUAAACAAGACUGAGAUUGUUUCAAUUGAUAUUAUCUCAAAUCAGGAGUUCACAGAGGAUGAAUGCAAGCGUCUCCGCCAAAGCAUAAAGUGUGGCCUCAUAAAUCGGCUAACUGUGGGUGACAUUCAGGACAAAGCAUUGGUGCUUCAGGAAGCUAGAGUAAAAGAUUGGCUAGAAACAGAGACAGUGCGGCUGAGUCAUCUUCGUGAUAGAGCUAGUGAAAAAGGACGCAGAAAAGAGCUCAGAGAAUGUGUAGAGAAAUUGCAGCUUUUGAAAACACCUGAAGAACGUCAACGCAGGUUGGAGGAAAUCCCAGAAAUACACGUAGAUCCAAACAUGGAUCCAAGUUAUGAGUCUGAAGAAGACGAAAAUGAAGUGGAUGAUAAAAGACAAGAAAACUACAUGAGACCUAGAGGGUCUACUGCAUUUGGAAGGAGGGGGAGAGAUAUUGUUUCUCCUAGAAGUGGUUCUAUUUCAAAUGAUUCUUGGAGUGGAACAAGGAAUUAUUCUAAUGUGAAUCAGGAACUAAGCAGAAAUUUGUCUAAUAAGGGAUUUUCAAUCAAAGGUGAUAAUGCUUCCAAUGCUAAUGAGGCACUAAAUGAUGCUCAAUUGCACCGGGGAAGAGAUCGGGAAUCACAACUAUCUAAUAGCUGGGAGAGGCAAAAGCAAUCUUCAACCUUGGAAAGUGGUGCUAAAAAUACCCAACCAUUGGUAGCAUCUGAGUCUUUCUCUGCUGCUGUAUCAGAAGCUUCUGCAGCACCAUCUUCAGCCGGAAUAACUCCUCCAGCUGUGAAAAUUAAUGAAACUGAAAAGAUGUGGCAUUACCAGGAUCCAUCUGGAAAAGUUCAGGGACCAUUUUCCAUCGUGCAACUACGCAAAUGGAGUAACACAGGAUACUUUCCUGCUGAUUUGAGGAUUUGGAGAACCACUGAGAAGCAAGAUGAUUCUAUACUCUUAACAGAUGCCUUGACAGGGAAUUUUUCUAAGGAACCAUCAAUGGUGGAUAAAGCUCAAUCGGUGCAUGAUUUACAUUACCCAUCAUCAUACUCUAGGAAGUCUCCACAACAAGGUAUAGAAGGUCAAGUUGGAGAAAGACUGUCAUUAGAUCAAAAUGGUGGAUCUUGGAAUUCACAUAGUACUCUGGGUUCUCCGGGACAAACCACAGGAGGAAGUUGGAGAUCUAAAGAUAAUAUGAACUCUUUAGCUAAUAGAACUUCUCCAUUGGCAGUUGAGGUCCCCAAGAACCCUGCAAAUGGCUGGGGUUCUGAUGCUGGUGUUAGGAAUGAUGCAACAAAUCUUCCUUCACCUACUCCCCAGACUACUCCUGGUGGUACUAUGGGGCUGGCUUUUGAAAAUAAAUGGUCACCAACACCUGUCCAGUUGCCUGGGUCUCUCUUAGGAAAUUCAUUCCCAGGCAGUCACGGAGGUUUGCAGGCCUCUGUGGCAGUGCACCCAGAGCAUGCUGUACAAAAUGCUGAAAAAGGCUCAAGUUCACAACCUGGCAUUAGUUCAGCUUCUACAGAUAAUACCAAGUUGCAUCCUCAAGCAACAGCGGUGGUACCUGUUGUGGCUUCAGGGGUUGACAUCAAAAUGGCAGGUGCAAAUAUGCAAAACCAGGUUGUGAGUAGCCAGAACUCUCAUGCUGAAGCUCAAGGGUGGGGUUCUGCUGGGGUUCCAAAGCCAGAACCACUGGCCUGGGGAGGUGCAUCUUCUCAAAGGAUAGAACCAAAUAAUCCUGCUACCAUGCCUUCCCAGCCAGCUUCCCAUGGCCCCUGGGGUGAUGCUUCAUCUGUGCCAACCACUGUCUCGUUUAACACUGGAAAUCCAACUGCGAGUUUACCCACACCCGGAUUUCUGGGCAUGACUGCACCUGAGCCUUGGAGACCACCGGCUUCAAGUAGUCAGUCAAACAUCGCAGCUCCAGCUCCACCCAAUAUGCCUUGGGGCAUGGGCAUGUCUGGAAAUCAGAAUAUGAACUGGGGUGGGGUUGUACCUGCCAACAUGAAUGUAAACUGGAUGCCUACGCAGGUGCCAGCACCUGGAAAUUCAAAUCCAGGAUGGGCUGCUCCUAGUCAGGGGCUACCUCCAGUGAAUGCAGGUGGCUGGGUUGGACCUGGUCAAGGACGUUCCCAUGUAAAUGCAAAUGCAGGUUGGGUUGGGCCUGGUCAGGGGCUAGCACCUGGAAAUGCCAAUCCUGGUUGGACUGCACCGGUUGGGAAUCCAGGCAUGUGGGGAAGUGAGCAAAGUCAUAAUGGAGACAGGUUCCCCAACCAUGGGGAUCGUGGUGCACAGGGUAGAGAUUCUGGUUACGGUGGUAAAUCUUGGAAUAGGCAGUCAUCAUUUGGCAGAGGAGGUUCUUCCAGGCCUCCUUUUGGGGGACAAAGAGUAGUCUGCAAGUAUUAUGAGAGUGGACGUUGCAGGAAGGGGACUUCUUGUGACUUUCUACACACUUAGUUGUAGGGCUAAUUACUUAGUGGCAGAGAAACAUCUCUUACUGUACAGUAUUUUCCAAUUUCAUGGCUAAACGUUGUAUAAGGAUGUGUCAUGUAUGUAGAACUUGUGCAUUGUAGUAUCUCGUUUAUUUAUCUUAAUUGUCUUUUGGGGCUUUGUUUUA